CAUAAGUAAAUAAUAAUAAUAAAAAGCGUUUAAAAAUGGCGUAAAAAAGCUAUAACCUUUCUCCCUAAAAUGAACCUGUUAUUAAUGGAGUGAAUAUAUAUGAACAAAUGGUUUUUAGAAGCUCUUCAUGAUUAGAUGUUAUUUCGCUGAGGAGGAAUAUUUGUCAUUGGUAAAUGCCUUCAAAGGAAUCAGCAAUGCUCUCUUCAUUAUUAAGAUUGUCCCAGCAGUCGUUGGAACCAAAACUGUCGGUAAAAUUGAACAAAAAGCUGGGAAAUACUUUACUCAUCUAUGUAGCAUUGGUCAGUUUGAAAAGAAAAUGUUUGUUUUAAUGGAACCAAGAAAUACACAGUUUGUUGAUACAGAUGAAAACUCAAGAUCAUGUAAUGAUGUUUGUAGCCUUGACAGUAAAGAAAUAUGUUGCAAUGUUUAUGAUAAUGCACAUUGCUCUCUUCAAAAUGAAAUGGAGGUUAUACCCAGGGAAGAUGGGCACUGUAAAGCUGAUUCUGAUAUUUUAGGUUAUAGUGUUAUAGAGAAACAUAAGUCUGACUCAUGCUUGACAGUUCGGAUUGCAGUGAAGAAAGGAAAUUCAUCAAUAAAAUCUGAAGAUCAGAAUGCAAUUAAUGAAAUAGCCCAUGAAGGUGAUUCACAGAAUGAUCGAAUGCCAAGGUGUAUGACAACCCCUGGAAUGUGGAAACCCCCUCGACGUAGAAAAAAGAACUUGUAUUCAGGAAAGCGAAAAAAGAGCUUUCGGAUAGAAUGCAUGGUACCAGGUUGUUUUACAAGAGCAUACUCCAGUAGAUUUGUUAAAUUCCCAGAUGAUGUUGAGUGGAGAAUAAAAUGGGCCAGAAAAUCCAAACUAAAUGAAAAGUUCCCAGAUGUAGAUCCCAGAGAAGUUUUGCCUGGAAGAAUUGGACUGUGCAUGGGACAUUUCAGAGAAGAUGAUUUUCACGUCAUUUGCCGAGGGGAUGGGAAGGUCUGCCAACUUAAAAUGGGGGUGGAGCCCAGUAUUUUUCCUUGGGGUGAAUUACCAUCAAAUGUCAACUCUGCCAUGAGUCUCUUUGAGAAUACAAAAUUUAGCCGUGAGAUGAGGCUGCUGAAUAUAAUGAAAAACGAAUUGCAUAGCAUGAUGAAUCCUCCCAAAAGAUUUUGUACUGUAGUUCCAGGAAAUACUUUGAAUUUGAGUGAAAAUAAUACCUUGAAAAUGGAAAAAUCUAGUAUAGACCAUCAGGACACCUCCAAAACGAGUAAAUUUACGGAGUCGAGUAACUGUGAAACAAAAAUCCUAAAUGAGUGUGAGGAUACCUCAACAGAUCCACUAGAUACAUGUCAAAGUGACGAGUUUUGGAGCUUUCCAAGGACCCGUAAAUUUAGAGUACCAAUUAAUUAUGAUGAAAGUAUUUUAUCAGAAGAGAUCGAUGAUUUGGAGGGUGAUGAAAGUAAAUCAUUAAUUUGUUAUUCUUCAAAAAGAAAUAAAAGCAAAGUGAAAUUACAUUCUGAAUCAAAGAUAGUAAGUGAAAGUGCAGAAUUGGAGGGUGAUAAGAUAAGUCUAAUUUGUUAUUCUUCAAAAAGAAAUAAAAAUAGAGUAAAGUUACAUUCUGAGUCAGUGGUAAUAAAUGAAAAUAAAGAAAUUGCGAAGGAUUCUACAGAGAUAGUUGAAAACAAUGGCAUUACUUACAAUCUCCCAAGGAAAUGCAAAAUGGAAGCAAAGGCUGUUUCUGAUUCCAGUAAUGUACGAGAAGUUGAUGAAAUUCUGCAAUAUUCCUCAGACCAGGAAAGCAAUAAAGUUUUUGACAAUUUCCUAAUGAAGCAAGUUAGGUUCCCUCGUAAAUCUAAGUUAAAUAGUGGACUUUGCUCUAUUAUUACUGAGAAAAAUAACAGUGUAACUUCGAAAGACAAAACGUUUGCAAGACAUGGAAAACAGUAUGACAAAAAAACAAAAAGAAAAAAUGUAACAAAUUUAAAUUGUAAUGAAGAGUGUGUGUAUGAUAUUAAAAUAGAGAACUGUGAAGUAGAGGUACCUGAAGUAGAUUUUAAUAAUGAAGAUUCCAAUCCAUCUUUUUCCAUGAAUCAAGAACAAAUAUGUGGAGAAUUCAGUCAUUUUCUGUCUCCCAUUUCAAAUAGUACAUUGUCUAAUGAACAGCCGUAUCAAGAUGUCCUAGGCUCUCUAAAUGCUCAAAUAAUUGCAUCAUGUAUAGAAGCUGCCAUGACUCCCAUGAUGGCCAAGUUAGAAUUGUUUCAGGGAAAAGUGGAAAGUAAAAUAGAGCAGUUGGAGGGUAGAGUCAACUCCCGUCUGGAAAAUCUAGAGGGAAGAGUUAACUUAUGCUUAGAAAAACUGGAACAUGUGAGCAGCAGUCAUCAUUCUAAAGCUUCAACUAUAUCAUCAGGUAUUUGGCUGAAUAAGUGUGAUCAUGUCUCAGAAAAUUCCUCUCAUAUAACACCCUCAAAUGGCAUGACAACUCCAGUGCAUUAUACAGAUAUCAGUCUCAAACCAUUUGCCAUCAGUGAAACAGAAUAUGAGAUGAUGGAAGGCUAAGCAGAGGUGAAGUGCUGAGAAAGAAGCACAUUGUAAAUGAUUUCAGUGUAACAAACCUUAGAUUGUGACAAAGUUGGUAAAGCAUAACAAAAUACUGUAGAUCCUGGUGUUACAUUUAUAUGCUUAGAUUAAAGUGUCAUAAAUACAAAUUGAUGCAUAAAUGGGAAAUGCUUGGACAGAAAUAUGAAAGCCAGCUAAAAGAUGUGUAUUUUGGCCUCAGUGAGAGAAGACUCUUCAGCCUUUGAAAGGUUUCAAACACACCAAGAUAUACAGACCCCUCUUAUUUGUGUUUCAUAUUUCUGUUAGAGUAGUUUCUCACUUUAUAUUUACGUACUUGUCUGUACCUGGUGAUGCUAAAUCUCUGGAGCUGUUAGUCAGCUGUAUGCAUAAGUCAGCAAAAUAAAAACUAAGGCUGAUUGAAAUUAUGAAUUAUCAGUACAGUACUGAAAUUUUUUGUAAGAUUUUUGAGAUCAUCUGAAGAUUGGCCCCAAAGGAAAACAGUUAACAAAAGUUAUACAAGAGGUCUUUUUUUUUUAAUAUCUACCAAAACUAACCUAAAAAAUCUUGCAUAAGCUUCCUAUAAUUUAAGUAGUAUAAAAUUACUUAUUUUACUUUAUCUGUCUUUAAGAAUGUGUUUAACUUUAUUUAACUGUGUUUCUUGGGAAAUAGUAUAAAUCUUCUGGUGACUUCAGUUUUUAUGGACACUAUUCAUGCAUGUCUCUUGUGGAUGUGUUAUUAAUUUCUACAGUACCUUUAUUUAUCUGAUGUACUGUAUGUACUACAAGUAUGAUACAGGUAUAAAUCCAGAGUUUGGUCCAAGUAACUGCAAGGGAAUAUUGAUAGGGAUGGUUCAUCAGUGGAUCUCUUGAACAAAGGAGUCCAUUAAGUUCAUCUAGUUUCCCCAUCCAUUUACUAACUCAUUAGUGCUUAACCUGACUGACCCAGUAAUUUAUACAUAUUUACAUUUCCACUGUGGGUGUGGAUGUGCAAUUAAAUGUGGAAGGCUAAAUUUUUAGAAUGUUUUAAUUAAUAAUUGUCUUGAUAAAAAUGAUAAUUAAUAUGCAAUUUAUGAAAUGUAAAGGAAUAUAUACUGGUAAAUAUUUUUUUUAUUUUGUUUAGUAUUGUUUGACAUAUGGUAAUAUACAGUGGUGGGCACAGCUUACCGAAAAGUUAGCUUCGCUAAUCCGCUAACUAAAAAAUUAGCUCCGCUGAUGCUAAACUGCUAAACAGCUGAAAAAAUUAGCAGAAGCUAAUGCUAACCGCUAACUUUUUCACAUGAAUUCAGAUUCGGCUUAGCAUUUUAGUCUUUUACUUUUAAAUGACACGACCAUCAGUGUUGAUUACAAACUCCUACUGUAUGCGGAUGACAGUGCUUUGUUAGUGCCAGGUAAAGACCCAUAAGAUAUAGCUAAUGUAAUAACACUAGAAUUGGAGUCCUGCAGCAAAUAGUUAGUAGACAACAAACUAUUGUUACACCUCGGGAAAACGGAAGCCAUACUCUGACGUGAAAAGUAAACUGAGAAGGGCAAAUAAUUUUAAUGUCCUGUGUAAUGGGGAACCCGUCACUUCAGUUUCCUCAGUAAAUAAGACACAUAGGCAACAUUUAGGCAACUUUAUUCCGAAACGUUUCGCCUACACAGUAGGCUUCUUCAGUC